UGGGAGACUUAGUAAACAAAUUACGGACAAUAUAUAAGGGUACCAGUUCGAAGUGACUUUACUCGACCACGGUUUCUCAACCUUCUAUCUUAACCAAGUCGCACUCACAAUGGCACGCGCUAUUUUCGUAUUAACUGUACUGGUGGCCCUGUGCUGCACCAGCCAGGCUUUCCCGCCAAAAUCAGAAGAAUGGGACAACGUAAUGAAGGACCUUAUCGAAAAGAUAAAAGAUAUUAAGUCCAAUCGAGCAGCAUUUGCUAACCAAGCUUCCCUAAAAUCAGAACUUGAGAAAAUAAUAAAUACCUUAGAUAUGGUAAAAAAGAAUGUAGAUGAUAAAAUUGACGAAAUAGAAAAUAAAGUGGAAAAAAGAAUAAAUGAAAUGCUGAAUGAGAUACUAGAUAGAAUUACCAAGAAAACGAAUCCCACGGAGGAAGUCCAAGUUGCCGGUAUAUUAAAUGAUAUACGAAACAAGAAGGAAGAGAUACAGAGAGAGAUACAGAGAGAGAUACAGAGAGAGAUACAGAAUUUGAGAAAUAUUUUAGAAAGUGGAAUGAAAGAAGGAAUAAAAAUAACUGAAGAAGUAAAAAUGGACAUUAAAAAACAACUUGAAGAGCUUGAAGAAAAACUUGAAAAUAUAAAUGAUAUUCUUAAAAAUGGUUGGGACAAAAUGACAGAUAUAUGGUAGAAGACAUGAAGGAGUUGACAAACAAGAUAUUUGACGACUUGUCUAUGUUAAAGGAUACUACGAGAAAAUCAGACAUUUAUUUGGAUGAUUAAUUUUAGCUUCGAGAUAUAACUUAGGAUCAUUUAAAGUUGAUGUGUUCAGAGACGCCACACACUUUUAAACAGUGUCAAACAUUCCUCAGUGAAUUUUGAAGUUCCUUCUAAACAAUUCACACAAUAUCUAAAAGAGUUUAGCAAUGUCAAGCCUAGUAAAUAAAUUUUGUAACGCAUCUGUCCUUUAAUUCGCGAGUCUAUUGAUUAAAUAUCGCAUGUGGUGUCUUUGUUUCAAUUAGCGACAUCUUAUUUCAUCAAAUUACAAUCACUAUUAACGUGAUAAUGUGAUGUAACAGUUAUCAAAAUUACUGUUUGCUAAAAAACAAAAAACACAUCCGCAUUAACACCACGAUGGAGUCGACUUCGACCUCAGUGUAUCACGAAGAGUUCAAUAAAUAUGUUAAAGCAUUCUAA